UGUGAGCCGGGUACCUGUUUUUUGCGAAAUCGCAAAUCCCUAGGCCUCUUUACUUCCUGUGGAGACUCUACUCUUUAGUGCAGUCGAUACUAUCUGAUGAGAUGGAACGAUUAGUGAAGAAAUUUGAACAAAGGUACCGGCGAGCGCUGGACCAUCACAAUACGUGGGAGGAGCUACAGUCACGACUUUUGAAACAGUUUUCUAACGCUAGUGCCAUUCUUGAGAGAUUGCCGGUGCUCCUGGAGUCAAAGAAUUAUGGCAUCUUGGAGAACGUGAAGUCAAUAGCGCAAGCUUUGCCAGCAGUGCAGAUUGAACAACUAGAGCUAAUAUUGCGGUCAAUGCAUUCCACCUUACUCAGAGCUGAUCUGGAAAAGAUCGUCAAGUCAUUUGAAAAGUUAUGGCGUGAUGGAAUUGGGCUACUGAAAGCUGAGAAGAUCACAGCACAGCAAUCUGAGCAAAGGGUCGGAUCAAGACCAAGUUUGAAUGAUUGCUUGAAGGGCCUGCAUGAUCUUUACCUAAUGCAUCGGGAUGAACAUAAGCUGAAACUCGCUAUUAUUUCUUCUUUGUCUUACGAGUCCAGGAGUGAUGAUAUUAGCGCUUUGCAAGUAUUACUUCUAGAUCAACCGAAUCUACCACCUGAUGAAGUAAAACAUAUUUUUGAAGUGAUUGCUGCUGGUGAUGUCUGGUAGUUUUUUUUUUUUUUUUUUUUUUUUUUUUUUUUUUUUUUCAAUCAAGAUUUCAUCAACCCUGGGCGUGUGUACUCUUUAGCGGCUUAGAAUGGAUCUUGUAGCAAAAGUCGAAUCACGUCGACAUGGUCAUUAUUUUAGGACCUUCUGCUUAAGCUUCGUAGAAUCUGAAGGAUGACCCCAAUCAUAUUGUCAGACCCUGAGGAGUCCAAGGUUACGUACAGAGACCACAGAGACACAGUUUGUGUAGAGUUGAUUACUGCUUCCAAAACUGAUAUUCCGAAAGAGCGAAGUGUUCUUUCAAAAGUGUGGCCGUUCAAAUUUUUAGUUUCAUCUCUGAUAAGCCCUGCUUCAAUUGGCCUUGGAAAUGCUGCCAUUACUCUAAAAACAA